GGCUCCAAAGGAAGGGGUCUCUGCCCCAAGAACUGAAUUUCCUAAAAAGUUGUCAUCACCUGAUUCUUAUCCAUCAGCUAUGAAUAAAGCCAACACCAUGGAUACUAUUAACUCUGAUGACAUCAAACAACAGACAGCUGAAGAAAUAAGGAAACUUUUGUCAAGAAAAACUGUAGUAGAGUUUCCUCAACGAGUUUCAAGUUCUUCACUCAAAGCAAAGGAUACUUAUUUAGGGACCAACCAACAGACCCAAAAAGCAGCUAAAGUUGGUUUAUCAUCUGACUCUGAUUCUGAUUCUGAUCUGGAAGAUAGUAUCUCAGAAAUUGUCUUGAAACCUCAGAUUGCUGUCCAAACGAAAGGAGAAUUUCCACAACAGAAAGCUUUUGAGACUAAGAUACAAAGACCUUUGAAAUUAAUUGAGAAGACCCAGUUCCAGAAGGCACACGAGGAUUCCACACAUGUGGAGAAACCUCAUCAGUCAGAGAUGAAAUUGACUGUUGAGCAAUCAGAAGCCUAUAAAGAAGCUAAAAUACCCAAAUCAGAAUCAAGAGACUCUUUUAGAGAGCAAAGUAUUAAAGAAGCACAUAUGCAGAAUUCUAUGUUUAAGUUGAACAAAAUGACCAAAGAAAACCAAAAGCCAGUUGAAAUUCAUAGGGAGGUAUCUGAGCAAAUGGAAGGAGGAUCAUCAGCCCAGUUAGAUGUAGAAACAAAAUUGUUGAUAGUGAAAGAAGAAAACAGAGAAGGGAAACCAAGAGCUGUUGAUUUUACAGCAGAUUAUUUUGAGAAUAAAGAUGUUUUGCAGGAACAGGUACCCAUUCUAAAUUUGGAAGCACCUCCUCCUCAGACCAAAGAAGAUAUUUUAGAGGAAAAUGUGCCAGCAAUAAACACAGCUGAAAAGGAAGAAGUAAUUCAAGAGCUGGAAAAUCAAGGCAUCAUACAGGGUAUUGAAAGUGCUGAGUCAUUUGGCAAUUCUACUUAUAAAAACCUCCAACAUCAUAACUACAAUACUUAUACCUUCUUAGAUUUUCACCUGGAUCUUUUGAAAUUUAGGUUGCCUCAGCCAUCCUCAGGACGAGAGUCACCUAGACACUGAGAGUGGAAAGUUAAAAGGAAAAUUUCAUGUUUAUCUGUGAUUCAACUUGUGAAUCAUUGUUGUUGCAUUUUCUCCCCCAUAAAUAAAGCCAAUUCAACAGUAA